GCAAGCGGUGCGAGGUGUGGUUACAGAGCAGCGGGCAUUGGUAGUUAUGUCGGAGAUUGUCAUUGCAGAUGGUGUAUUGGGGUGUCUAUUGGCCAGGGAUGUAUUCUAGUCGCGAACGAGCAGCUCAAUAAAAGGAUAUGGCGCGCUUUUACCUCGCACAACUCUUCCUCCUGGCAGGAGUAUUUUUAUAUUUCCUCAUUCGGAAAAAGUGUUUGCACCAAGAAGGUUUCGCUUCCACGAAAUCUUAUUAUCAAUGAAGGUACUCCAGCUAGACGCCAAAUCGCAAGCUGAGCUCGCGCAGAUCAACAAAUUGAUCUCAAAAAGCAAGAAGGUCGUCGUGCUGACGGGCGCAGGCAUCAGUUGCAGCGCGGGGAUACCCGAUUUCCGCAGUGCACACGGGCUGUACAACCUGGCCAAACGGUCUGACAAACAGCAGUCGAUUGUCAAGGGGAAAGACCUGUUUGACAUCUCGCUGUUCAGGAACGACGAGUCCAUCACGCUGUUUUGCAAGUUCAUGCAACAGCUCUACACAAAGACGUGCACAGCCAAACCGACCAAGACCCACUGGUUUAUUCGGCGGUUGAAAAAUCACGGCAAGCUGCUGAAGUGCUACACGCAGAACAUUGACGGGCUGGAACGGCAGUGUGAUUUACGGACCGGCGUCGACACGAACUGGAAAGAGCUCGACGUGGUGCAAUUGCACGGCGACCUGAACCGGCUCAGUUGCACCAUGUGUUUUAGCCGGUUUUCGUGGGACGACGAGAGCAGCUGUAUGUUGCGCGAAGGUGAGUUGCCCGAUUGCCCGAACUGUGUCGCCAAAUACAAAGAACGCGCAGAGCUGGGCAAAAGAGCGAACCGGUCCUCGGUCGGCGUGCUGCGGCCGGAUAUCGUGCUCUAUGGAGAGCACCACCCGCACGCAGACUCGCUUGCGCGUGGGCUCACAAGCGACAUGGCAAAGAACCCGAACCUACUGAUCAUCUUUGGCACCUCUCUGAAAGUGGACGGAGUGCGCAAACUUGUGCGCCAGCUGAGUAGGCGCAUCCACGAGAGGCAAGACGGCAAGGUGAUUUUCAUCAACAACUGUGAGGUGUCCCCGAGCGCGUGGGACAAGGUUAUCGACUACCAGAUCAAGAGCGAUUGCGACGAGUGGUGCGAAUACAUCGAGAAACAGAUUCCUACGCUGUUCGAGGAGCCCGAGGACACGUCUAUCUAUUUCACGCCGCCGUCCACGCCCGCCAAAAAGAGGGUGGUGGAUGUGCAGAAUAUUCUGACCGAGAGUUCGAACACAAAGCCUAUUAUGGCGUUGCGGGAUGUCACAAACACAAAAAACACAGACGACUGUGGGCUACGUGGUGGGGUGAAGCGCGAGUUUGAGCUGCCGAGCCCGGAGUUUAGUCCUGUGAAGAGGAGGCGAUCCCGGCUUUAGACCAUUGCAUUAAUAAAGAUGGCAUUUAUUGCAUUUCGCUUGAUUUUUUUAAUUUUUUCUAAUUUUUUUUAAUUUUUAAUUCAUGGCCGAUAAGGCUGUUUACCAGUACAAUUUGGUGCACGCGGCAAAAGACGGCAGGCUGCGACGGCAGCUGCGACGGCGGUUUUUGGCGACGUGCCACAGACACAGUCUAAUGCUACCGGAGGCGGUGGGAGAAGAUGGGUACAUUUUCUGUCAUCGAUGCGAGGACGUCCUCGUAUCGGGGAUCAAUUUGCAGAUUCGUGUGCGGUAUGAGAGCAAAGACGGAGUUCGGAAGCGGCUGUUGUGUUACAAAUGUCUUGGGUGCAGACACGAAAUGACCAAGGACGUGCUGGUGCAAGGAAAAGAGGCGGGAAAGAGCGUGGAGAAAAGCAACGCCAAGGAGCGAGCGCGCAAAAGGAAGAAGAACAACCUGAGUGAACUCUUGAAAAACAAGCAGCCGAAACAGGCAAAAACGUUGGACCUGAUGGAUUUUAUGAAGAUGUAGAGGUGUGGGGGAGGGUCCCAAUAAUAGCAUACUUG